AGAUUUGCUUUACUAAGCUGACCUGGUUACCAAUAGACAUGUCAAAGAAGACAGAACAGGAAAAAACUUGCACAGACUUAAAUUUUCACAGAAGAGAAAUGGAGAAAAAGAUGAGCGACUCGGUAUGCACAGCCCCGAGCAAACUCCUUCUGGAUGGAAAACUGUGUGAUGUGGUGCUCGUAGUGGACAAUGUUAUGUUUGAUGCCCACAAGAUCAUCCUCAGUAGCUGCAGCUCAUACUUUUGCACUCUCUUCACUGGAGCCUGGGCCACUCCGGAGAAGCGGAUGUACACCAUCCCUGGCGUGUCAUCUGAGAUGAUGGACGUCAUCAUCAAUUACGCCUACACCAAAUCUGUUCCUCUGACAGAGGAUAAUGUGGUGCCCAUUUUAGCAGCUGCAGACCAGUUCUUGGUCCCGGGGAUAAUUCGGGCCUGCUGCUCCUAUCUGGAGGACCAGCUGUCUCCGGAGAACUGCAUUGGCAUCUGGAAGUUGGUGGACUUCUACUACUGCCCUGAACUGAGGAAAAGGGCCUUCUUCUACAUCCUGCAUCACUUUGAAGAAAUCAUCGGUACCCCAGAGGAGCUGCUUGAUCUCUCUGAGCAGCAGCUAGCCGUUGUACUUGAGAACGAUCACCUCAAUGUGAAAUGUGAAAACACAGCAUUUGAAGUCAUCCUCUUGUGGAUUGACCAUAUGCCUGACCAAAGACAAGGAAGUAUCUCUGUGCUGCUGCCCAAGGUACGGCUCACGUUGAUGACCUCAGAAUACUUCCAAAACAGCGUCAUGAACAAUGCCAUGAUAAAGAACAAUGCUGAAUGCAUGUCCAUUAUCAAUGAAGUCGUGGAGGUGUUUCAAGCUUGUGGUCUCAACAGACGUCCACAAUUCAUUUACAGUAGCUUGCUGAGCCGGCCACGUCUGCCUUCUUCCAUCUUAUUGGUCACUGGAGGCAAAAAUCGCUCCACUGCACGAUGCAGCUAUGAGGCAUAUGAUUACCGAACCAACAGCUGGGCCACUGUGGGCUGUGACAUUCAUCGUGCUCACCAUGGAGCCGUUACCCUGGAUGGCUUUGUCUACUUAAUUGGUGGCUGCAACCAUGAAACUAACUUGAAAACUGUGCAAAGACUUGAUCUCAGCAGCUCUACAUGGCAACUUGUGACACCCAUGUACAAUGCCCGGUGCUAUGUCAGCGUUGUUGUGCUGAAUGGAUGCAUUUAUGCCAUGGGAGGCUUCAACGGAGAAAUAUCCCUGAGCAGUGUUGAGUGCUACAAGCCUGAGACUGACCAGUGGACCAUCGUGGCAAGAAUGAAUGCACAGCGAGCUGCAGCCAGUGCCACAGUUCUGCAUGGAAAGGUUUAUAUCUGUGGGGGUUUCUAUCAAACUUAUAGCCUCCCUACAGCUGAAUGCUACAAUCCAGACACCAACCUGUGGACCACAAUUGCUCCCAUGAUGUGCAGGCGAAGAGGCCUGGGGGUUAUUGCUUACAAAAACCAGAUAUAUGCAGUUGGUGGCACCAUUAAUGGGUACACCCCACUGCGUAUUGUUGAGGCCUACAACCCUAUCACCAACAGAUGGCGCCUCCUGCCAUCUAUGCAUUACCCCCGCAGCCACUUUGGAAUUGAAGUUGUGAAUGACCAGCUCUUUGUGGUCGGAGGAUAUGGUGGCUAUCACUGUAUGUAUUCUGUGGAGCGCUACGAUGGGGAGGCCGGUUGGUGGUACAGUACCUCGGACAUUGCGGAGUCCCGCAGUGGCCUGAGCUGCUGCGUGCUACAUGGAUUCUACAGCUUGGCGGAGAAUUUGUUCCCUCGUGAUCCCCUAAUGCUGCCUAAUGUGGAUGAGGAAGGUGGAACCUUCUGACUUCAGCUUGCCUGUUAUCAU